AUGUUUAAUCAGUUACCUUUGACUAUGUGUGUAUACUGGAAGAUACUGCACUCGGUAUCAAGAAUUCAAUAUUUGGAUGCGAUGAAGAAAAAAAUUGUCUUCCUUUACAUAACCCGCCACCACUCUCUCGCCCAUCGAGGCACUCGACUCACCGUCCAAGCGGUUAAUGACGAAUCAAGGACGAAAGGUCCACAUAUACGCCAAGGACGAACGGCAUCGCUAGAGGCUGCUUCUGCACCGAUAACAGCGGUACCACGGGGACGCAAUGUCCCGGCAUCGACAGCUAUUCCAUCUGCAAGGGCGCAGGCAAAAAGCCGAAGACGAUAUCGUGUUCGUACUGGGGAAGCUGCCAUGAGCGUGUUGAUUUUAAGACUGUUAAAUUUGGAUAAGGCCAUGUUUCUUUUCCUUUCCACUUCUUUCAUAGUUGCUAGUACUGAGUCUGAAUGCCAUGGAGGGUACAUGUGUAGAGAAAAAAAGCGAGCUUUCCCCGGUUCAGCUUCCUUUGAUAUUCAAAGUCUGAACUUAACAGUGGGAGUUAACUUGAUAGUAGUUAGUGGUAUAGCUGCUGCUUUAUAUCCAUUUAAAGCAGGCGCUAUCGCUGGAGCUAGAGUUGGAGCUGGAGUUCUUCCACCUAAAGCCUUGGUCGUCGUCGUCGUCCCAUGCGUUACCAUCAGCAGAUCCCACACAGCUAGCCCUGAUCCCGGCGAGGCUCUGGACAUCGAUAACCAGGAAUCAAAACUGAAACGUCGGGUAGAUAUAGAAAAGUAA